UUAUCAGUAAGUAGGCUAAUAAUGAGGACGCUGAUUAUGUUGGACACUUUUUAAAUGCACAAAGAAACAUCGUGGGGUGCAAAGGACAACUUUCAGACAAAGACGUCAGGUAUUGUGUCCCUUUUCGCAGCCUGAAAAGAUAAAAAAACAUAUCCCAAGAUGCAAUGGUGCAGGUGGGCCGGCAGCUGGAGGUCACACUUACCAAGACAGUCUGCAGGACCGGAGAUUGAGGACUCCUUUGACUUUCUUUUUAAAAUCAUCCUCAUUGGGGACUCGGAUGUGGGGAAGACGUGCGUGGUCCAGAGAUUCAAAUCUGGCAUUUUCAUCGAAAAGCAGCAAAACACCAUUGGGGUCGACUUUACUGUUCGUACGUUGGACAUAGAUGGCAAGAAAAUCAAGAUGCAGGUGUGGGACACAGCUGGACAGGAGCGUUUCCGCACCAUAACCCAGAGCUACUACCGCAGCGCACAUGGGGCGAUGGUGGCCUACGACAUUACCCGUCGCACCACGUUUGAAUCUGUCCCCCACUGGAUCAGGGAGGUGGAGCAGUACGGAGCUGCCAGCGUGGUCCUGAUACUCAUAGGUAACAAGUCAGACCUCCUCGAUCAGCGGCAGGUGUUGUUCGAGGAUGCCUGCACUCUGGCAGAAAACAACAGUGUCCUUGCUGCUCUGGAAACCUCAGCCAAGGAGGCCCAGAAUGUGGAGGCGGCGUUCAACCUUAUGGCCCGGGAGCUGCUGUCACGCAACGGCAUGACGAUGGUAGACGAGGCCUCUCAAGACCAACCCCAGUUCAUGCUAAGUAACAGCUCUCACCCCGUCCAUGGUACUGUGUCUUCAGAUAAAAAGUGUGGGUGCUGAGCGGACUGAAGGAAUGUGUAGAUUAAAAAUAGUGGUGAGAGCCUGAAAACUAAAUGUGUGUUUGAAACAAAAAGAGGAGGGAGGUUAUUUACAUUCUUUUUUAAAGAAACAACGUCUGUUGCAUUGUGUGUGUGAGUCAGUGUAGGUUUUGUUAUUAUUAUUUAUAUAGGUAAAAAAAAUGCAGGUUUUAACUGGGAAAUGUAUUCGUAAUUUUCUCCUGAGGAUAACUGCUGCUGAAUGUGAUGACUUUACAAACCACACCUCUGCCAGAGGACUCUGUAAACACACUGUUGUCACUUGAUGUGCAGCUUUUUGUGCCUUUUUAAUUGUCCUUUCACACAGUAUGGCUCUUACAGUACAUGACCAGUGUUUACCGGUUUCAACCUGUAAUUGAAGUCAAAUACAAAUCAUACAUUUUUAUAUCUGUCAGUUAAAAACGUGACAAACGGCACUAUGACAUUUUUACUAGUGCUGGUGAUGUAAUUAAAUAUUUUCUCCUCGAAAAGUACAGAAAUUCACAUUAAUCAUUCAUUAAAUGUUCACAACUAAAACUACUUGACAGAAAAAUAGCACCUUUUUCCAUUGCUGUGAACACUGUGGUAAUUGCAGAUCCUCUAUAAAAUAAAACAUUAUUUUGUUUUCAGAAUUACCAUACUCCUGAUUAAGGCUAAAAAAUCGAAUCUGGUGAGGUACUAAACUGAAAACUAGCGCCUUAAUCUCUUUAGCAUUAGUGGUUACAUGUUCAUCUAGUUUAAAAACAAAUCCAGCUGAAAUGUGAGAGCAGUGCAAACAGGAAGCAGAACGGCUCUACACAAGAGACCUGCUGGACGCUGUGUAUGACCUGGCUUGGCAGACUCUUGAGAAAAUAACAAAAUCCAUCUUUAUCUGCGACACUGUCAACAGAUCUUUCUGGAUCAGUCUGAAGUUAAAGACUUCUCAGUUCUCCUCAUUGAACAAACGGAUAUAAAAUGAAUGUAACUCUGCGCCCUAAACUGUAAAAGACAGCUGAUAUUAUUGUGUACAAAGGCAAGACAGGGGCAAACUUCAGACUAUACAGUGUACGCACAGUAGUUUGGGCGAUUAGAAACAGUGAUCUGUGAAUUGUUUGUGAAAAAUAUAUUAAUAAAAAAAAA